CGCGUCGAUGACGUCAGGCUAGUCCGACUCUCCGCACAGGUAGCGGGGAAUUUAAAAAGAGGAAUUUCCUGUUUACAUUGGCCGGCUAGUUUGUAGGUCAAACUAAAUAAUUGAUCAUGGUAGAAACAAGUGUUUUACCUCAGGAUGCAUUUCUUUCUCUUUGCGCACUUAUUGGUGUUCAAAACAUAGAGUGACGCAAUCAAACAGCACCGGAGUUAGUAACGUUAGCCAGCGGUAACUUCGCUAGUGCUCCAGCUACUCUGAGGAACAAACAAACAAACAAAAAAAACUGAAAAAAUAUUCAAAUUUUUAUGGUAUACUACCUAGAUAAGUAUUCUCUUGCAUUUAUUCAGAUACCGGUAGUUUGUAGUAAAUGCGUAAGUUUAAAUGCAAAUGCGACACUGUUGCUAAUACUGACUGGAAGACGUUAGUUAGCCAACAAGCUAACAUGAGAUGACUUCAUGACAGCAGCGACCAACUAAGUUAACCGCUAACUAGUUGAAUAAACUGUCCAUAAUGGAGGAUAACUCGUCUUGCUCUUCGACGGUGACUGGUCCUCCUCAGGCACCUUUCCUCCAGAGGACGCUGGAGCGGUUGUCGUACACGCAGUGCCUGAAACUGACAGCUGAGGAGGCGCCUCCGGUCGCUGUUAUCACACUUCAGAGGUACUUAAGUGAGCAAACUGAGGGACAGCAGCAGUCCGACAGCUACGAUGUGACGGUCACUGACGGAGUCUGGCGAGCUAAAUGCUUUAUUCACUCCAGUUUAAAUCACCUGGUGCACAACAACACCCUGAGGACUGGGACUGACAUCAGCAUCACGCAGUGCUCUUUUGUUUACAACGAGAGGAGACUGGGCCACGGUUACAUGUGCAUUGAGAAGCUCAGCUGUGGUGCACAAAGGUCUGAAGUCCUGUCCCGGGUUAAGGAUGUGAGUGCACUGCCCUUGCUGGUUAAGCACGGCAUGGAGAGGAGCGUGCUGCUGCAGAGUGAUGUGCCUCUUCAGGUGAACCGCAAACAUUACCUGUCUCUGUGGAACAACGACGAUCCAGAGGGAGACAUGUGGACCUCACGGUCCCCCUCAUCUGACACAGUGCUGGACGUGUCAAAGAUCACUCUUCUCAGUAGUCUGGAGUCAUCCUUUAGAAACACAUGGAAAUCUCUUCCUCUCCUAGUGAAGAUAAUACAGAAAUCCAGAUUACGGUAUUAUGGGAAGUUUGGACUCAAGAUUGAUUACCCCUACCAGGCAUACUUUGAAGUUGCUGAUCAGAGUGGCACAAUGUCCCUCGUGCUGUGGAAUGAACUUUGUCCAGAGUUUUACCAGAGAUUGAAUGUAGGCACAGUGUUGUACCUCCAAAAUUACACCCUGAAGCAGAGUUAUUCAAACCGGUCACGCCCGCAAAUGGACCAUUACAGAAUCAAGAGCUUUAACUCUGUAGAAAUCUGCCUGAAUCCUCGCAACCCAGCGUCAGUCAUCACUGUGGUCUCACCAAAGAGUGUACUGCCACAGUGGGGAUUGCCUGAGGUUUCCUACCAGUUCAACACCAGGUCAGAGUUGGACAAAUUGGCCAACAAUGCUGCAUGUGACAUCAUUGGUUUGGUAACGUUUGUAGGCCGCGUUGAACGAGUAAAGAGUAAAGGGAACAAGGGUCCAGAGAAGUUCUGGACGUACCGCUGGGUCCAUGCAGUGGAUGGAACGACUGACCAGCCUUUUAUCCUGGAGGUUUUUUCCUCUUCUCAGCCUGAAAUCUUCAGUCGUAUAUGCCCGAUGACCUACCUGGUGUGCACUCAGAUGAGGGUGUGUCAAGUGGAAGGCUCAUUGCCCUACCUCACAAGUAGCUGUGAGACAGAGAUGUUCAUCACAGGCUACCACAAAGGUCAGCCAUAUGUGAGUGACCCCAGAGUGAAGAGCUUCAUCCAGUGGACCAAGACCCUGAAGGACAACGUCAUCCUCCAGAAGACUGCUGUUGGUGGCCAUUAUUGCUAUCCUCAUGCCUCGAAGACAUUUACUCAGUCAACAGCAGAUGCUUCAGGACAAGUUCCUCUGGUUGCUGCGGCUGACUUGAAGAAGGAGUUGGAGACCCUUCAAUAUAGAGAACAUAAAAAACUUGCAAUUCAAGGACAUAUCACGGCAGUGCGAUACAUGAACAGCCCAAAGACCACAGAGUCACAAGGCCCAGUGGGGAAAGAGGUACCAGAUGUUUCUAAUGAUGCGUGUGAACAAGCUGUGCCAGACACACACGAUGAUCCCACAACUGAUGAGCAGACACUGUUGGCCAGUUUAACAUCUAACUCUUCUGAGGAAAUCUCAGCAAGCAAAAGGAAAAGAAGAAUGAGAAAUGCCAAGCAGUCCUCCUCGAGUCACGGUAGCGUGCCAACAAAAAGGAGAGCUGGACAUGUAAAUACAGAGAAAGGACGAGGGCAGCGAGAAGAAGAAGAGGGUCACUCUCAAUCGGAGGCAGUUCAGGAUGUCGAACAUGGCCCACAACCACAAAAUCAAGACUCUGACAUAUUGUCCUGGGAAAGCAGCAGCUGGCUGAAGCAACAACAAGAAGUGUCUGAACAUUUGCGUCUAGGCGGUCUGUACCAGGACAGCAUCUCUCAGAGGUUCACGUUUGAUGAAAAGAACGUCCUCCUGCAGUGGAGUAACCUUCAGGCCAUGCGGUGGACACCGGAACAAAGCGCUGACACCAUCCCACCCGUGGUUUGUCCGGGGUUCUACCAGAUAACAAUAUUAGGCAUAAACAAGCAGAUAGCUGUUGAUGCUGCGUAUUUUCCUGUUGUGUGCUCCAACGAGCCCAGGGCUGUUGGUCUUCCUCGGGAUCCCCACGGCAACACGAUGCUGUCCUGCCUGUCGUCAGGAUUCCUCUGCCCUCUCAGUGACGCUGCGGACCACAGUGAUGCAACACUUCCUGAGCCAGAGGAGAUCUUGGUGACUGCCAGUGAGCUGGAGGACACACACGUGGUUUGCAUCUUGGACCUUUGUCAUCUGGGUGGAGAUGAGGUGGAGAUCCUGAUCAACAAGGUGUACAGAGUGACGGAGGUUUCUCUUGACUAGGAGUUACAAAAGAACACGUUCAGUUCUGUGAGAAUAUCUUGUAAUUAUUAUCAGCGUGCAUUAAUCAUGUCAUAAGAAAGUUAUUUUGGAUAAAUACAGUAACCUUUAAAAGUUGCUUGUAAAUUUUUUGUUACACAUGUACAGUAAAUGUGAUACAACACUUUUAA